GAAAGCUUUCCAAAAGCAAAAGCCAUUUCAUUCAAGGGUUAGCAGCCAGGACUGCAGAGAGUGAUGCAGAAAAGCUCAAGGCCAUUUUAGAGAGAAAAGAGAGGAAGUUCAUUGGUGAGCAAAGGGAACAACUCCUGAGGAAAUCACUCCAGACUGCUAUGAUCUGUUUUUGAAGAUGUUGUUUUGCUCAUCCACAAUAAUCCAUUAGUGCGAAAGCCAGCUUUGACUAUCCUCCGCGGAGCCAUCUGUUUCAGGUUCAGAGUCACUUUAUCCUUUUGAUUUGCUUUGUUCCUUGAUCCUCUCACCGCAGCACUCCCCUCCAGGCUCCAGCACAAGAGCACUUUGCAAGCAGAGGCCCUGUGGCAGGGUGGGCGGCUCUGCUUUCCUCCUGGCCCGCUGCCACCACUCCUGCAGGAACCUGAGCUGAGCAGGGCUCUGAGGCAGAAAUUUCCUGUGCGUUCAGUGUAACAGCCUCACUGACUGCACCGGUGCGUACACGGUCACACGGUCUCCCUGCACAGACCAGUCUUUUUUUUUUUUUUUUUUUUUUUUAAUAAGCAACUUCAAUGCAAAUGUACCUUCCUCAGAUGGUGUAUUUAUUCUAAAUGGCUCUUGCUGGUUUACUCACACCCUGUCCUGUCUCUUGCCUUGGGAAGCUGUUCCACUUGAUCGUUCGGUCUGCCUCUUUGAGUCAGUGGUGGCAGGGGAAUUAUACAGGCAACGGAGGCACAGCCAAGUCCCAGGUAGCGCGUGCCAGAUUUAAGCUGAUUUAAGGUUGUGCAGCCUGACUCCGAAACUUUCUUCGCAAAAGGGACAGCUACUUUUGGACAAAAUUGCUAUUUUUUUUCCCGUCAGCGUGCACCUGGCUGGGUGAACCUGCUGGGUGUUGCACACCUCUCAAGGGCAGCAUGGUUAGUGGGGCUUUGCAGAUCGUGGGGCUGCUCAUUGGUGGCAUUGGCAUGAUCGGGACAUUCGCAGUCACGGGUAUGCCCCAGUGGAGGGUGUCUGCCUUCAUCGAGCACAACAUCAUCGUAUUUGAGACCAUCUGGGAAGGCCUGUGGAUGCACUGCAUCAGGCAAGCCAACAUCAGGAUGCAGUGCAAGGUCUAUGACUCCGUGCUGGCCCUCUCUCCGGACCUGCAGGCAUCCAGGGGGCUGAUGUGUGCCGGGUCAGCGCUCUCCUUCCUGGCGUUCCUGGUUGCUGUUGUUGGGAUGAAGUGCACGCGGUGCAGGCAGAGCAGCUGGCCAGCCAAGGGCUAUAUUCUCUUGAUGGCUGGGCUCCUCUUCAUCCUCUCGGGAGCCGUCACGCUCAUUCCAGUCUGCUGGGUUGCCAACACCAUCAUCAAGGACUUCUACAACCCCGCGGUCAACGUUGCACAGAAAAGGGAGCUUGGUGAGGCUCUCUACCUGGGCUGGGUGGCUGCCUUCUGCCUCUUGGCAGCUGGAGCCAUAUUCUGCUGCUUCUGCCGCUGCUGUGAGAAAACCAGGAGCUACGGCUACUCCGCACCUCUCCACCACCAGCAUCUGCACAGGUCCACCGAAAGCUCAUACUCCAGGAGUCAGUACGUCUAGACGCCUCCUGCCUUUUCCUUUUUAUUUUUUAUGUUUUAAGCAUUCAAUCUGCCUGGAUGUACUUCAGUGUUCACAGGAGAGGACAGCUAGAAAGCUGGUGUAGCCUCCUGUCCUGUAACUGCUGCUGCAUUUUGGAGCUGCUGUUGCCCCCACUGGGCUUUGCUGGGGCUAGUGCUGCAGCACGCACAGCUGCAAUGACAGCAAGGUGACUGUUGAAUGCUAUUUUAAUAGUAACUUGGAAUAGCUUUGAGCUUGUGUGGCUUUGUUUUUGUUUGCAUUUUAUGCAGAAACCAGAAAUAAGGAGCUUAAAGUCCCACUGUGAUAUGAGCUAAUGGCCUAUUGAAAAUAAGAAGGGAGUUAAAGAGCUGGUUCAGUUUUUUUUUUUUUUUGUCUUUCCUGGGAAAGAGGGGAUAACAGUGAAUAAAGACAAGAUAACGAUGGUUUAAAAGGAAAGCAUUCACAAGCAGAUUGAUUUACUGUAGGUUUAAUGGAGGGUUGCAUGAAGAAUUUAUUCAUCAGAGGAAGGUAAGCUGAAAUACAUGAAAAAAAAACACCUUAUUUCAGAGAAUAAGCAUAGCUCUAUAUUCAUCUGAAAUAUGAUUUUUUGGUGAAAGUGACAAUUACUUUUGUAAUCCAUACAGGCCAAACUCAUUCACAUUCUUCUUUUUAGAAGCAGCAGUAUUCCCUUGCAAACUCCUUGUGGCUCACAACAUUUUGCAGUAUUGCAUAGAUCACAAACACUGCGUUGGCUGCCUGCCACAGGAUACGGUGAUAUAUAUAUUUUUAAAAAAUGAUAUUUGGGUCAGUCAGGCCCAUAUUUUUUACUAAGACCCACUCAUACCAGCAUGGUUUAUAGGCAUAAAGAACAUAAACAGCAUUUUCUCACAGUUCACAUUAGAACAAGCUCAACAAUACUUUUAAUAAGAUCAUACAGCCAUGAUAGAGAACAAUGUAAUGAAACCAAGUCUACUGAAAAAUAAGCACAGUACCAUACAAACUAAUUUAAUAAAUGACUAAAAUUAAUCAAUAGUGGUAAUAUUUUUAAUAGAAUUUCGUAAUCCCAAACCUGUGGAAAUCAAUGGAAUUUUGCCUCUGACUUAACUGAUUACACGAUUCAGUUUGUGGUGUUUAGUGGAGAACAACGUUCUUGCUCUAGAGUUUGAUUGAUGAUUUAAAAUAUUUUAUAAAAAGUUUAUGAUGUGAUCUGUAGUUCUCUAGUAAAUUCUUUAAGCUAUU